AUGGCAAGGGGAAGGCACCUUGUCCAAGAAUGCCGCUCGCUAGCUUUCAUCGUUCCAAGUUUAUGGAGUAGUGUUGCGUUCUAUGGUGGCAACGAUCAGCUCUGUCAGCAGUCGCGAUAUCUGGUGUCUCCUGUCGUUUGCUUUCUGGGACGGAGGGCUCCGAAAGUGGUAGCCGUUCCUAGAAAGCGCUUGCGAAAGCUCAGUGUGACACAACUUCAAAGCAUCUCCCGCGACUCGGCUAUUGGGGCAGGUAUUCAAAGCCUUGGUCGGUGGCAAUUGGCUCAGGUUUUCGCUAGCUUGAUCAGGACACACACAAAGGAGGUUGUUUUCUCGGGACUAUGCACCCUUAUGUCGAGUUCGUCCCUUUUGUGGCUUAUUCGCCUCUUCGGGCGUCUAAGCUCGGCCGUGGCUGCCGGCUCGUUGGCAAACGUGGGCCAACUAGCGGUCGGCUGCAGCGUUGCGCUCCUUUUGCGGGUAGCAUCUCAGUUUGGUCAGGAUGUAUGGCUAUCCCGAACAUGCAACUUUGUCGAAGACGCGCUCAGGGCGCGUUAUGUUGCGUCCGCCCUUGAUUUCGGUCUAGAGGAGGGCGCCCUAGACUCUGGUGAAGCUUCCAUGCAAGCCACCAUGGAGAUAGAGCGGGUAGGUAGUGCCAUGCUUCUCGUUCUCCGCUCGCUUGCGCCCAGCGUGCUCCAAUUCGUCGUGAUGCUUGCUUAUAUGUUGUAUGUUUCUCUGCCCUUGACACUGUGUAUAUUAUGUACCGCACCGCUCAUGGCUGUCGUCUAUGCGAUUCUUGAACGAAGACUGGACCAGUAUGUAAGACAGGCGCAGAAGCUGUUCGCUCGGUACGCUGCAGCGACUGCAGACUCUUUUCGGAAUCGGCAACUCCUGCAGUUGUAUUUAGCACAGGAUUUUGCUGCGUCAAAACUGGAAGCAUUCGCGAAAGAGCUCCUUCUCGCAAAGAACCGCAUGCAUUUUAUUCGAGCCGGGAUUGUACCUGCUAUAUCUGUUUGCUACGCUAUAACAGUCCUGACAAUGCUCUAUGCAAGCGCACUUUGUAUCAGUUGGGGUUAUCUCGAGCCGAAAGAGCUCGUUUCCUUCAUCGCCGCUGUGGCAUUUCUCAUAGAGCCAGUGCAAGGGAUAGCCUCUGGUCUGGGGAGUGUGAAAGAAGGCGAGGAGUCGGCAAGACGAGUGUUUCGUGUUAUCAACCUGCGUCCCAAAAAGCGUACUCAAAUAGAGACCUCCAGUAUUCCCAAACCAGCCGCAUCAAAAAUCCAAGUACGGAACGUAUGGUUCCGCUAUGCACCAGAUUCGGAAUAUGUGCUGCGUGGCGUCACGAUGACUGUUCAUCCAGGCGAGCGCGUAGCCAUCGUUGGCGGAAGCGGUGCCGGCAAAUCAACAUUGAUUGCUGUAUUGAGCCGCAUGUGUGAUCCACAGCGCGGUUUCGUGUACCUGGACGGUGUCGAUAUCCGAUCCAUGCCGCUUGACUAUGUUCGCCGACAGGUUUGCGUGGUGCCCCAGGACGCACCGAUGUUGAAUUUCUCAGUAGCGGAGAACGUUGCGUUUGGCUUGCCAAUGGACCCCAUGAAAGUUGAAUAUUGUUGCCAAUUAGCAAAAGCACACGAUUUCAUUGUGAAGGAUCUGCCUGCAGGGUACGAAACGCUGGUUGGAGAAGGUGGCUCAAAUCUGUCGGGUGGGCAACGGCAGCGCCUUGCUAUCGCUAGGGCGCUUUACCGCGAGCCGGGUGUUCUCAUACUCGACGAAGCAUACAGCGCUCUCGAUGCCGAAAAUGAAACUCAUAUUCUUUCGAGUCUUCGUGAGCUAUUCGCAUCAAGCGCGUACCCACGAACCACUAUUUUUAUUGCUCAUCGUCUCUCAAGCGUUCGAGAUGCUGAUCGCAUUGCGGUUAUGGAGAAUGGCGAGAUUGUCGAAUACGGCACACAUGAGGAGCUUCUUCGUGAAUCGAACAGCCGUUACGGGAUGCUGUUGGCUCUACAAGAGCGAAAUCACUGA